GAUAAUGCAUGUGAGAAAACUUCAUAUAUGUUUCUGCGAAAGGAACUCCCCGUGCGACUGGCUAACACAAUGAGAGAAGUCAAUCUUCUGCCGGAUAAUUUGCUUAACCGCCCUUCAGUGGGGUUGGUUCAGAGUUGGUACAUGCAGAGUUUUCUCGAACUCUUAGAAUAUGAAAACAAGAGCCCUGAGGACCCACAGGUCUUGGAUAACUUUCUACAAGUUCUGAUUAAAGUCAGAAAUAGACACAAUGAUGUGGUUCCAACAAUGGCACAAGGAGUGAUUGAAUACAAGGAGAAGUUUGGGUUUGAUCCUUUCAUUAGCAGUAACAUUCAAUAUUUUCUGGAUCGGUUUUAUACCAACCGCAUCUCUUUUCGCAUGCUUAUUAACCAGCACACACUUCUCUUCGGUGGUGACACCAAUCCAGCUCAUCCUAAGCAUAUAGGAAGUAUUGAUCCCACCUGUAACGUAGCCGAUGUGGUGAAAGAUGCAUAUGAGACAGCCAAGAUGCUCUGUGAACAGUAUUACCUGGUAGCCCCAGAACUGGAAGUUGAAGAAUUCAAUGCCAAAGCACCAGACAAGCCUAUUCAGGUAGUUUAUGUGCCCUCACAUCUGUUUCACAUGCUAUUUGAGUUGUUCAAGAACUCCAUGAGAGCGACAGUUGAACUACAUGAAGAUAGAAAAGAGGGCUACCCAGCUGUUAAAACCCUCGUUACUUUGGGUAAAGAAGACUUAUCCAUCAAGAUAAGUGACCAAGGUGGUGGUGUCCCACUUCGAAAAAUAGAUCGUCUUUUUAACUACAUGUAUUCAACUGCUCCCAGACCUAGCCUGGAGCCUUCAAGAGCUGCCCCUUUGGCUGGAUUUGGUUAUGGCUUGCCAAUUUCUCGUCUGUAUGCUAGAUAUUUUCAGGGUGAUCUAAAACUAUAUUCCAUGGAAGGAGUAGGUACCGACGCUGUCAUUUAUUUGAAGGCUCUUUCAAGCGAAUCAUUUGAGAGACUUCCAGUUUUUAAUAAGUCUGCAUGGCGCCAUUACAAGACCACGCCUGAAGCUGACGAUUGGAGCAAUCCCAGCAGUGAGCCCAGAGAUGCCUCGAAAUACAAGGCUAAACAGGCAUGUACGGUCGCUGAAGAAACACGAAAAGAGAAACAGAGAGGGAAAGGACAAGAUCAAGACGAAUAGAACUUGGUAGAGAGCUGAAUGUUCUGGUCCUCCCUGUGAAGAAAGAUUGUCAUCUGCAAAUCAACCAGAGGGGACUCCUUUCUUCCACCACUUUUGAGCGUGGCACCGUAGUCAUUCCCAGUGCUUGAGUGCGUAACUUCUCUGUACCAGCUGGACUAUUUCAUGGAGCCUUUCCUGUAGCUACUUCAGACCUUGCAGUAAAGUCGUAACUUGAGUAAUUCCUCAUAGUACCUUGCUGCGGUGUGAUUGGCGCCUGUUGCAAAAGAGCCCAGAGCCUCUUUAGACCUCGUGUGCCCUCAACUCUCCAUCUCAUUCUCAUGAAGUCUACUGUCCACAGUCUCCCCAGGAUUCUGAAGCUCCUUCCCCAUUCCAGAUACAGCAGAUCCUGCUGUUGCUCUGUAACCAAAUAUUGUAUUUGUCCUGAACCUCCAGCUAGGGCCUGGGGAAUCUGGCAGUGGAACACAGCAGCUAAGCAUGUCCUGAUAAUUCAGUCCCAAGGCCCUUCCUCCUCAUAUGCAUCCCUCCUCUACUCUCUGAUUCAGACGUUUGCCUUCUUCCAUCUGAUCGUAUUCUCAUUGUGAGGGGUAGGUACUUUGUGUUAGAGCUUAUUCAAUCGAUGCCUUGAUUUGAUUUUAAAAUCAUUUGUAUACUUCCAUUCUGUUAAUUAAAGCGUUCCAAAAGUUGU